GUUGGCCACACAUUUCUGUGUGUGUGCCUUCCACUGCGUUGAGGACUAUUUAACUACAGCAGAGAGCGUCUGGCCUGGCCUCCAGUGCAGAGGGAUGUUGUAGUGUGCGUCCUUUGUGUUCCGGAUGCAGAACAUCCUCGAUCAAAACUUAGACAUGGCCACGGCUCUACUCGCCGGCGAGAAACUGAAAGAGCUGAUCCUGCCGGGCUCCUCUCAGGAUGAGAGAGGCGGGGUGCUGGCCGGCCUCAUGGUGCAGCUCAAACUGGAGCUGCCCUUUGAUCGUGUCGUCACUAUAGGGACGGUCAUCAUCCCCAUCCUGCUGGUCACCCUCGUCUUCACAAGAAACUUUGCAGAGGAGUCCAUAUACUGUUACACACCACACAACUUCACCAGAGACCAGGCACUGUAUGCAAGAGGCUACUGCUGGACAGAGCUGCGAGAUGCUGCACCUGGUGUGGAAUCUCACCUUUGGCCUUCACUGUUUGAACACAAGUUCUUGCCCUACGCCCUGCUGGCCUUCGCUGGAAUCAUGUAUAUUCCUGCUUUGGGUUGGGAGUUCCUUGCCUCUACACGGCUCACUUCAGAGCUCAAUUUCCUGCUUCAAGAGAUUGAUAACUGCUAUCAUAGAGCUGCUGAGGGCCGAGCCCCGAAGAUCGAGAAGCAGAUCCAAUCCAAAGGACCUGGCAUAACUGAGCGAGAGAGGAGGGAGAUCAUCGAAAAUGCAGAGAAGGAGAAAAGCCCAGAGCAGAACUUGUUUGAGAAAUAUUUAGAGAGACGAGGCCAAAGUAACUUUCUGGCUAAACUUUACCUAGCACGCCAUCUGGCCAUUAUCUGCCUCAGUUCCAUCCCUAUUUCCUACCUGAGCGCCUACUAUGCCCGCCAAAGGCAGAACGAGUUCACCUGUGCGCUGGGUGAGCCUCCAGACAUUAGCAGCUAUCAAGAGCUGAAGCUCAGGGUCAACUGUAAGCUGCCGGCUGUACAGCUGCAGCGCAUCAUGGCAGCGGUGGAUAUCGCGUUGCUCUGCACCAUGAACCUCAUCAUACUGGUUAAUUUGCUGCACUUGUUUGUGGUGCGCAAGUCCAACUUUGUAUUUGACAAACUGAAUAAAGUUGGUAUCAAAACAAGGCGGCGCUGGCAGAAGUCUCAGUUCUGCGACAUCAACAUCCUGGCCAUGUUCUGCAACGAGAACAGGGACCACAUCAAGUCGCUCAACCGGCUGGACUUCAUCACCAAUGAGAGUGAUCUCAUGUAUGACAAUGUGGUCAGGCAGCUGCUGGCUGCACUCGCACAGUCCAACCAUGACGCUACACCCACUGUGAGGGACUCUGGGAUUCAAACACUUGAUCCCAACAUGGACCCCUCUGAUCUCGGAGUGGGUGAGAUGGCUGGGGAGCCGCUGGUCAUCAAGCGGCCCAGAAAGAAGAUGAAAUGGAUCCCAAGCUCAAAUCCUCUUCCUCAGCCAUUUAAGGAACCUCUGACCCUGACACGUCUGGAAAAUAACACCAAGCCUGAAAAGCCCAAACCAGUCAGACGAAAGACAGUCGGAGAUAGCUUCACUGCACCACUUCUGGAUACCAAGAGCACACAACAUCCUGCGAUAAAAGAUCUAAGUGGGAUGGAGAAAAAGCACACUCGCAACUUCUCUCUGGACGUCCACCCAUACAUGCUGACCAUUCGUAAGCCCAAGGUGGAGACCACCACUGCAGAGCCUCUACCCUCAGAGCACAACCUGGAUACAGUGUACCUUGAAGGCACGCACACUAUUGUUCAUGUGUCUGGUGCCAUUACAGAAACUAAGGUUUGCUCUCCAGCAUCGACCAACACUGCCUUUUCUACAGUGACCCUGCCCACCACUUCUUAUGUAAAUGGCGUGAGCCCGAACCCCCCAUCCAGUGAGGACCCCCUCAGUCCCAAGUCCUCUCCUCCUCCGCCUCCUCCUCCCCCAAGGGACCCUCUCACUCAGACAGAAAACCCUGAGUGUCAGCCACCACCUCUGACCAGAGCCCCUACACACCAGCUGCUGAGUAUACAUCACACUCUUUUUGAGGAAGACGAGGAUGAAGAACACCGUAGAGACAGACUGGCAGAGAGACCUGGGGAGCUCAUCGCCGCUGGGGAAUGUUGA